CAUAUACAUAAUUUUAGAGUUUAUAUAGCCGGUAUAUUUUACUGGAAAUAGCUUAAUGCUGUAAUCGUAUAAUCGCUGGUAAGUGCCUGCUUCCUUAAAGUUGCCUGGCUGUGUUACACCGUGGAAUCUAAGUUCUACCUACGUACGUAUGGAGGAAAGAAGUACGUAGUCAUCCCAAUGCAUAUUGUGUUAAAUCCAUCAAGAUGAAGUUCGGUGCUAAGUUGCAGACCUUCGUGGUCCCAGAAUGGUCGGAUAAAUAUAUCCGGUACAAGGAAUUGGCCCGGCUGGCAAAACGAGGAAGCCGGAUUAAUUCCGGAGUAAUACCAGGCAAAGAUGACCCAACCGAAGUGGAAUUGCUCAAAGGAAUCUUCAAUCCCGAAUCAUAUCCACCCGUGGGAUGUGAGUCGGAUUUGUACAAAAGUACCGAAACUGACUUGACAUCGGAUGUACCCCCCUUCAUGAGACAGGGAUAUUCCAUUGAUUCGCAAUUGAGGUCCCACUACUCCAUUACCAUACCCGAGGAGGAGCAUAGGAAAUCUGCACCGGCACUCUGUACUACGGGUAAAUAUAUACCACCGAAUAUCCACCCACCAGUGCUACCUGAAGACGUAGAGGACCAAACAGAUAAUAUUAAACUGGCAGUAUAUCAAUAUGAGGAAUGCGGUCACGUAUCAAACCCCUAUUCAGAAAUAAAAGUACCAGAAAGCCUGCGACAUGAAAUGGCAACAUUGGAUCGCCUAGAUGCAGAAGAUGAGCAACGUGAUGCCAUGGCAUAUGGAACAUGUAAUGACAAUAGAGCUAAACCCAAAGAGGCAGACGAAACGGUCAAUCAUGGCUCUGUUACCAUUACACCAGGUACUGAUGUUACUUCGGGAGCGCGUCUACAGGGACAUAACACCAUAGAGGAGCCUAAUUUUAACAUGGCAUUAAUAAGCACAAAAGGACCCGAAAGAAAGAAGAGAUGGUUUUCAUCACUUAUGGGAGUAUGUGCCCCAAGCUCCUUGAUGCGCUUCAAUUUAAACAAAAACACAAAACAUUUGGAUGAUGAGUCGAUUGCAGUUUUCCACAAGGUACUGCGUGACGAUAUACGUGUAGUGCUGCUACACUACGUAACUGAGAUUGACUACAUAAAGUCGUUGAUCCGCUUCCUUAAAGCGGAUAUUGCCAGACGUGGCGGGAAGGUAGAUGAAGCAUAUGCCGGGCUUAUCAGGAAAGCAUGCACGGCAUUCUGGGACUCCUGCGAUAAGCUGAAGCUUUAUCUGAAUCUAAACACCCUGGCGGUGUACAAAGUAUUGAAGAAGAAGGACAAGCUACUUGGGACCAGGGAUGUGUUUAACCUAUUCCCGACCUACAAGAGCAUCAUGCUAUCAGUGGAGUGCUCCACUGCACUGAUUAAUGAUGUCAUACAGAUAUAUAACUCGUUAAUGGAACAGCCAGUGAUUGAUUUCUCCGUGCUGAAGUCGGAUAUGGAGUCAACAUUGGACAGCCUAAGGUCCAAGCCAGUGCAUGGGCUAUUCUAUGUCUAUGGGUUGUGUACCAUACUGUUCGCCAAUGCCCUGUUCCUGUGCUCCUUCAACUUCCCACUGCCCUUUGAUCUCGGGAUACUGCUCUCCCAAAUCUCACCGUUCAGGUUCUUUUUUGCAAUGUCACUAAUUUGGUGGGGAUUUGGUUGGUGCCAGAAUUACCUGGAAACAUAUGGAGUUAACUACCAGUUCCAGUUUCACCUGAGUAGUAACUACUCCGCCACGGACAAGGAUUACUACGAAAUAGGAGCUGGGCAGACGUUUGCAACGCUGCUGCUAUUCAUGUUCUUUCUAUUGGAUUGUAGACUGCACAUAGUGCCUGAGCACCACCUAUAUUUCAUAUAUCCCACUCUUUUGGUCAUACUGAACAUACUGAUCGUAUUGACCCCAAAUCGCAACCUGAAGCUGAAAAUACGGAAAAGGCUGUUAAUAUCUAUUCUUAGAGUACUAGGAGCACCUUUCGGGGCUGGACAGAAAGUUACACUGGCUGAAAGUAUCAUCGCCGAUGUGAUGACAUCAUUGACACGGUCAUUGCGUGACCUGGUGUUCAUGAUAACCUACUUUAUAGUGGGUAUAAAGUCUGACUAUAAAGUACAUAGCCCAUUGGUUGAAUCGUGGAUCAUACCAAUAGUCAUGUGCUACCCAUAUAUAGUGCGCUUCUCCCAGUGCUUCAGGAGGUAUAUAAACGAAAGACGCGGGCUACACUUUGGUAACAUGGCAAAGUAUAUAUCCGGAAUAUCGUGCGUCAUAGUUUCGUCGGUCGACUGGGUAGGGUACUUCAACAUGGAUGAGUGGCACAGAAGGGUACUGAUAACAGUGUUCUACCUGACUGCCACAAUAUACCAGUGCUACUGGGACGUAGUAGUUGAUUGGGGAUUGAAUAUAGGCCUAGAUAUGUUCAAAACAAGACAAAAUCGCAGGAUGUAUCGUAAACAGGCAUAUUACUGCGCAGUGGUUUUCAACCUGGCCUGCCGUUGUACAUGGGCACUGACAACGACGCCAUUUGCGUUAUUAAAAAACAAGGAGCUAUCAUCCGAGAUCGUAGGACUUAUCAUCAUAGUUAUAGAAAUAGUUCGUCGUAUUGUGUGGGUGACGUUCCGACUCGAGAGUGAGCACCUGCUCAACUCAUACAAAUACCGCACGGCCCUAUGGGUACCCAAGCUGUACAACUGCAAGAAUCUAAUAGUCAAGGAAAUGAAGAUGCUAAACGAACAGCUUUGAACGUAUAGUAGCGGGGCAGUGUAUGAGCAGCUUGAAAAUUUGUCAAUACCGAAUUUUAC